UUAAAUAGCCAUCACUUGAAGCCAUUAAUGGCAGAGACAAUCAAUUUUUGGUAAUGGAGCUCCCCAUUGUGAGAUUUUCCAAAUUAGUCGGAGCAGAUGCUUUUCCUGCAAUAGCCAUGCUUUUUAUCUUUUUCUGCUUUGUUUACACCUUGAGAAGACUCGCUCCAACAAGAUUGCCCCCUGGACCCUUUGCAUGGCCCAUCAUAGGAAAUCUCCACCAGCUAGGAAUGCUUCCUCAUCAUUCUCUUAAAGAUCUUGCCCAUAAAUAUGGACCCAUAAUGUACUUGAGACUGGGUUCUUUUCCUACACUCGUUGUGUCUUCUUCAGACAUGGCCAAAGAAGUAUUAACAACCCAUGAUUUAGCUUUUGCAGGCAGGCCUUCACUGGCUGCAUAUUUCGCUUAUAAUCAAAAGCCCGCGUCUUUAGCUCCAUAUGGAGAUCACUUCAGGCGUGUGAAAAAGAUAUGGAUGACCCAGUUGCUGAGUGCAAAAAGAUUGGAGUCCUUCAGAGUUGUUAGAGAGGAAGCAGUUUGUGCAGCCAUGCGUUCUGUUUGGGAGAAGAGCAAAGAGGGAACUGUUUCUGUUAAUGUUAGUCAUGUUUUGCUCUCGCUUACCAAGAAUUUAAUUUGGCAAAUACUUGCUGGCAGCAUAUAUUCUGUUGGCUCUUCAGAACAAGGAUUUCUGUAUAAUAAAGAAAUUGCUGAUAUGAUGGAGCAAGUGAUUGAAACCGUUAAUGCAGUUAACAUUGGAGACUCUGUUCCUCUCCUUGGCUGGCUGGAUGUGCAAGGUUUGAAGAAGAAGAUGAGGGAGGCCAACGAUUCAUUUGACAGACUUAUUCAGAAUGUAAUUGAUGAACAUGCUUCUGCUAAGAGCAGUCAGAAGUCCACUGUGGAGGAUGUCAUUGAUGCCCUUCUGGACAUGGCUGAGACUGAUGAUAGUCUUGACAUCAAAUCAAUAAUAUUUGUUCUGCUCUUCAGUGCAAUAGAAACAACAGCUGCCUCAUUAGAAUGGGCCAUGGUAGAGAUGCUGAGAAAUACCCACGUAGCCAAGAAGCUGGAGCAAGAAAUUGACUCUGUAGUAGGCAAAGACCGGAUGGUAAGAGAAUCUGAUCUGCCCAGCAUGGAAUACCUGCAUUGUGUGGUUAAAGAGACCUUGAGAUUAUACCCAACGGGGCCAUUAAUGCUACCCCAUGAAUCUACAGAAGCUUGCACUGUGGGACCUGAUCGAUUCAUUAUACCUGAGAAAACAAGGCUUAUAGUUAACCUGUGGGCAAUACAUACAGAUCCAGCAUCAUGGGAAGAUCCUCUGACAUUCAAUCCUGAAAGAUUCAUGGGUCAAGAUAUUGAUAUCAAAGACAGGGACUUCAAGAUGCUUCCUUUUGGGACAGGAAGAAGGGGAUGCCCAGGGAUUCUAAUGGCUCUGGGGACUAUAGAACUUGUGUUGUCACAGCUCAUGCAUUGCUUUCACUGGAGACUUGAAAGCGAUCAAUCUGCUUUGGACAUGAGCGAAGUGCUUGGGGUUGCUCUGAAGAGAAAGAAAAAUCUCCUUUCUAUUCCAACAUUGAAAUUGUCUCUCUAAAUUUGCUGAUGCAUUAAGAUAUGCUUUCAUGGAGUUCCUACCUUUUAGGUUUUGAUAGUGGUCAUUCUGCUCUUUAUAAGUCUUUGUGCAUCUCCCAUGGGGCAUCAUGUCACUGAAACAGAGAUGUUCAUUUGCUGGGUUUUGCUUUAUUCUGAUCUCCUUUUCUACUGUGUUAGAAUGGGUUGAAUUUUUGUCCCAAUCCUGAUCAACUUUAAAUAGACUCUAAUUUAUAGAUCUUUUUUCACACAAA